GCGUUGUCUUGGAGCGGUACAGUAUUUUGCCCGAAAAGCCGAAAUAAAUUGCAUGUUUUGCGGGUUUGGCGGCUAUCUAGCGUGUUAUCUGCGAGCCGGUUAUCUUGUGAUUUCAAGAAAAACUUGUGUUAUUAUCUGUGUGCGGCUAGGCGACAGUGUCGGCGGAGCGGCAGGCCCCGGGCAGGUAGUCUUAGUCAGUCGGCGAUUCGGUGCCGGGAAGUGUGCUUGUGCUCGCGCGUUCCAAUAAGCAUGAAAUCAUAAUGGCUGGCAGGAUGCUAAAGUUCAUACGAGGGAAGGGCCAGCAGCCCUCUGCCGAGCGGCAGAAACUGCAAAAUGAACUGUUUGCCUUCCGCAAGACAGUACAACAUGGGUUCCCCCACAGAGCGUCGGCCCUCGCAUGGGACCCUCUAUUACGACUGACAGCCCUGGGCACCGCUACUGGCGCCCUCAAGGUCUACGGCAGACCCGGCGUCGAGCUAUACGGACAACACACCAACCCAGACUCCGCCGUCACACAGAUACAUUUCAUACUAGGCACGGGCCGUUUAAUAUCACUGUGCGACGACAACAGCCUCCACUUGUGGGAAAUCAAUGAGAAAUCGCUAGUGGAACUGAAAUCACACAUCUUUGAGGGCAAGAACAAAAAGGUGUCGUCACUAUGUGUGGAGGCGACAGGGAAGCAUCUCCUACUGGGCACGGAAGGAGGAAACAUUUAUUCUUUAGACCUCAGCAGCUUCGUCAUCACAGAAGACGUCAUCUAUCAAGAUGUUGUUAUGCAAAAUUGUCCAGAAGACUUCAAAGUGAACCCCGGUGCGGUGGAGGCGCUAUGCGAGCACCCAAAGGUGCCGACGCGGCUCCUGAUCGGCUACAACCGCGGGCUGGUGGUGCUGUGGGACCGCGCCACCGCUGCACCCACGCACACCUUCGUCUCCAACCAGCAGCUUGAAAGUCUCUGCUGGAAUGAUGAGGGCGAACACUUCACAUCAUCGCACAACGACGGUUCGUACGUGACGUGGGAGGUGGCGGGCGCUGCGAGUGACCGGCCGCUCAAGGAGCCCGUGACGCCGUACGGGCCCUACCCGUGCAAGGCUAUAAGCAAGAUCCUCAACCGCACAGACGUCUCUGGAGAGGAGAUCACUAUAUUUGCCGGUGGCAUGCCUCGAGCGUCAUAUUCUGAUAAAUACACCGUGACAGUACAACAAGGCGACAAGAAACAUGUCGCCUUCGACUUCACUAGUCGGGUGAUCGACAUGUUCACAACGACGCCGGUGCCGGCGGACGGCGCGCCGCUGCAGGAGGGCCGGCCAGAGACGCCUGCGCAGCUACUGCUGCAAACCGUCAACCAAGUCGCCGCCGCCUUAGUGGUGCUAGCAGAAGAAGAGCUGGUGGUAAUAGACCUGACGGACCCGAAGUGGCGGCCGCUGCGACUGCCGUACCUGGUGUCAGUGCACGCGUCCGCCGUCACCACGGCCACGUUAGUGGACAAUGUCGCGGACAACGUGUACGACAACAUCCUCGCCGCUGGCCAGCAACAAACAGAGAACGUGUACUCGGAGGGCGCGUGGCCCAUCUCGGGCGGCGUGGUGGAGGGCGCCGCGGCCAGCGCGCGGCAGGUGCUGCUGACGGGGCACGAGGACGGCUCCGUGAGGUUCUGGGACGUGUCCGGAGUCGCCAUGACGCCGCUCUAUAAGUACACCACUGCACAGCUGUUCAGCGGUGAGGAAAUAGGCGAGAACAACGACAGUCAGAACGACGAAGAGGAGUGGCCGCCGUUCAGAAGAGUCGGCACUUUCGACCCUUACAGUGACGACCCAAGACUCGCUGUCAAACGAGUGAUCCUGUGCCCCCUGUCCGGCAAGUUAACUAUUGGAGGUGCCGCCGGACAUAUCGUCAUCGCCAGUCUAAAGACAUCCGCCAACACUGGGGAAGUCAAGACGGUGUCAGUGAACAUAGUAUCAGACCGGGACGGCUUCGUGUGGAAAGGUCACGAUCAGCUCACUCUCCGCGCUGGUACACACAACUUCCCACAAGGAUACCAGGUGACGUCGGUGGUGCAGAUGUCGCCGCCGGCGGCUGUGACGUCGCUGGCGGCGCAGUGGGAGUGGGGGCUGGUGUGCGCCGGCACCGCGCACGGGCUGGCGCUGCUGGACGCCGUCACGGCGCGCCCGCUGCUGCACAAGUGCACGCUCAACCCGCACGAUCACUCCGGUGCUGGAGACACGCCAAUUUCAAGAAGAAAAUCGUUCAAGAAGUCCCUCCGCGAGUCGUUCCGCCGCCUAAGGAAAGGCAGGUCACAACGGCGGCAGACCACCGCCGCCACUCCCACGUCACCUACGCAGCCUGCCAAGAAGCCAGCAGAUAAACCGGCGGCAGAAACAGACGAGGCUGUGAAGCCGGUCGAACGCGCGGUGGAGGCUCGCUCCACAGACGACGCCUUCGGAUCCAUGGUGCGCUGCCUCUACUUCGCCCGGACCUUCCUUAUCAACACACAAACAUCAACACCAACGCUGUGGGCGGGCACGAACAACGGCACGGUGUACGCGUUCACGAUCAACGUGCCGGGCACGAACAAGCGGAAAGACGAGCCCGUCACGUGCCAGCUCGCCAAGGAGAUACAGCUGAAGCACCGCGCGCCCGUCAUCGGGAUCACCAUCCUGGACGGCGCCUCCGUGCCGCUGCCUGACCCGCUAGAGGUGGAGCGCGGCGUGUCCCCGCUGCCAGAGCCGGGCACGCACCGCGUGGUGAUCACGUCCGAGGAACAGUUCAAGGUGUUCACGCUGCCCUCGCUCAAGCCGCACAACAAGUACAAGCUCACCGCGCACGAGGGCGCCAGGGUGCGAAGAACAGCGUGGUCGUGGUUCGAGUGCGGGGCCGAAGGUGCGAGCCGGCACCGCGAGUGGUGCUUGCUGUGCCUCACCAACCUGGGCGACUGCCUCGUGCUCAGCGCCGAGCUGCGCCGGCAGCUCAACGCCGCCGCCGUCAGGAAAGAGGACAUCAAUGGUAUUUCGAGCCUGUGCUUCUCAAAACAAGGUGAAGCUCUCUACCUGCACUCGUCGUCAGAAUUACAGAGAAUUACGCUCUCCGCUACCAAGGUGACGAUCGCGCAAUGCCACAUUAUCCUAUCCCCGUGGGCGGUGGCGCUGCGAGGAACCCCCGAGGAGGCGCCCCUCACCAAUGGAGAUGCUAAGGAGGAGGUGUCAGCGGAGGCGGCGCACGACGUGACGGCGGCGUCGGGCGACAUCACGGUGGACUCCGUGCGCGACCACACCGCGCCCGCCGACCAGACGCCCGACCUCAAUAUCAAUUUACAGAACUCGCAAGUGAACACCAGCUCGAUGGUGGUGAAGACGACGACGCGCACCACCAUAAACGAGAACGACGGCACUACCACCACCACUACCACCACCAACUCUACCACCGCCGAGAACAUCUUAGAGCACAGUCGCGAGGAAGGAGUCAUCACCCGCAUCGAGACGGGCACCGUGACCGUGCCGGCGGGGACCGACCCCAAGCUGAUCCUGGAGAUGUUUGACCGGCAGCGCACGCCGCUCAGCGUGCCAGUACCCAACUCCGACACUCACUGAUCAGCACCUUGCUCCACGACCACGCCGAUAACACUAUCACCGACCUACAAUUUCUAGUACCCGUAUUCGGAGAUACCGGCACCAAACUCGCCAUCAAACUUAAAGGAAGCGGCCGCCUGUGCAUCCACACCUUGAACGGUUUCAAAUUUUUCAACAUUGAUGGCCUCGCUCCUAAAUUUAACGAUACCUGCAUCUUCGGCCCCGGUGAGAGAACCAAUAUCAACAUUACCGGUCCCGGUAUUACCAGCAACGAGGAAUAUAAUAGCAUUCACGUUGUCUACGUGACGCCUGAGGGUGUCGCCAAUAUCAGUACAUACGUCUAAGCGCUGGUAUACAUCGCGAUCAUAUCUGCCGGUAAGGCUACCGAAAUUAAAUUAAAUUACAAUGCUUUAAGAAAGCAUUACGUCGCGUGACUGGAUAGAUAAGAUAAAUUUUAUGCGGUCAGUUGUAAUAUUUUUACUAGAAUAUAGUUUCGGUUUAUUUACUGCACAAUUUUGUGCAUUCAUUCGGUACCGAAAUAAAAUAUUUCUUUUGUCUAUCCAGUCUUAUAUUUAUAGAACAUCGACCGGAAUGACUGAUCCACCGAACAAUUUAAAAGUUCCGAUCCAACAUUAGAUAGAACCAUACAGAACGUAUUAAGUCUUGACAAUCUGUACUUUAAUAAGUAUAAUAUUUAAAAAUUAUUUUACUUUAUCGUUGUAUGUAAAAGUAUUUUUAUUUUUAAUUAUCAUUUUGAAUGAGGGCUUACAAUUGUUGUUUUCACCAGAUUUCGCUAUUUACUCAUGAAAUCAUGUUGCAAAACGGUCGUAUUGGUGUUGAUAAAGCAAUUAGUAUUUAGAUAGAUUGAAAUAGUAUUCAAGAAUACAUUGACAAUAUAACCACGCAUGACAUAACAAAGGUGUUUUAGACUCACGCUUAGAUGCCGCAAUCUGGUGAGCGACAGACCAUCAGCCCUCACCGACAGCUAGAACGUACUGCCAUGCUAUUUGGAUUUGGAAACAUUGUUGUAUUAUCUUCCUUAUUCUAUCCCAAACUUAGGCCGGGUUUCCACUGACGCGGAGAUAGGCGGAGAUGUGCGGAUUUGACCAAUCACAGCGUUUGAGAGAGCGAAAAGCGAAGACGCUCAGUCACUCUCUCCCUCACGGUGAUUUGUCGAUUCCUGCACAUCUCCGCUCAGUUCCGCGUCAAUGGAAACGCAACCUUCACUAAAUAUCGUUCGUUUGUAUAUUUUCAAAUUUCUAAUCUUUUCUUUAUAAGAAACAAUGCAUUUUAAUCAAUAGCUUAACGACUGUCAGUUAGUAGCUUGUUCUUGUAGCAAACUGGAUGUAAUUUUCCUUGAAUAUGUAAUAUGCGUACUUAACAUAGUAUCGACGAGCUUACAUUCGACCGACGAAUAAUUUAUUUGAGUACAAAUACUGGAAGCCAUAGCAACAUACGUUGUACAGCAAUACUGAAAUAUGAUUGUGGAUUGUUUUAACAUAUUUAUAAUUAAGUGAACAAUGUGAAAUUAAUGUACCAAUUUAGCCUGUUAAGUUUAACUCCUUCGAACAUUCUGUGUGAAUGAUGUGCCUAUUUAUUUCUUUUUUUAUUACGAAGAGGAUUGUAUUUAGGUGGGUAAUAUAGAACAUAUGACAAGUAAUGAUUAGAGAAUAAUUUUAUUAUAAAUAGAGUAAGUUUCCACGGCAAGUUCACACUAGCGACCGUUUAUUGCCAAUUUUAAUAAUAAUAAAAUAUUGUUGUAAAGGUCCUCUAAUACUGCAUUUUUUGUGGAUUGAAUUGUAUAUUCAGUAAAUAUUAAUAUUAUUAAAUUAUAAUAAUGAAAGAAUGGAAAUUAAAAGUUUUAUGCAAUAUUUUUUUAGCUUUUUUGUAGAGAUUUUUUAAUUUUAUAUUUACUGUUUUGCGAUUUUAUUUGUACCUAAUUCGCUUUAGUUUCUGUUAAUUUGUUUGCUUUUAAGAUGGCAGCUGUCAAAGCAAAGAUGCGCACCUCGAUAACAUCACAACUUGUGAUAAUACGGGAUUGAUUUGUUUUAGAAAUUACAUUUUAUUCAUAGAUAUAAGUUGAAUGUGCCUGCUUGUUUCUUUGGACUUGAUAUCUUUACAAGUCCAUACGUAUUAUUGUUAUACUGUAGCGACGCCCGAGUUAACUUCACUAUUACCUAUUGUACAAUUUUCUCUAUCUAUUAUAGCAUUUUUAAAUAUUUGAUACGAAAUUUGCGAUUUGUAUCCAAUAUUCUUACACGAGAAUAAAAGCUAAGAUUAUUAUACAAAA